AUGCUAACCGCACAACGCCCCCAAAAGAAAAAGAUUGUAUGUAUAUGGCUUACAAGACUAUCUCUUUUCUUUGACGUUGUUUGCCUGGAGAUCUUGUCCAGAUGGCACUCAAACAAUUUUACCAAUAUAGUAUUGAUCCUCACGUGCCAUAUGACAACAAAUACACAAGCAAACUUGAAUGGCCUGUCCGGACACCCAAUAUAUUCUCUUGGCAUGGACUUUCCCCCCCCAGGACAUGAACAGGAAACAUCCAAAUUUCAUCUUUUGUCAAAUCAAAAAGCACGUCUGAAGAGCUGCGCUCCCUCUACUCGUUUUUCUUACAGCACUGUAAAGUUAUCUCUUUUUCUUUGGGCAGGUACAUUGACUUCACCAGGUCUGAGGACUUUGCGUGCCCGCGACACGGAACACUCUAGUGGCCGUGUGCUCAUAGCGUGCAGAAAGUAUCAUGAUAAAUACUUUGCAUUCCGCAAAGCACGCCACUUUACUAUCCCAGACUACAGCGCAGAUCACCUUGAUCGUGACCAAAUGACACUAGUAAAUGACGUCUGGAUGAAGAUCAUUCAAUUUCUUGACAUCAUGGACAUUGUCCGAUGUUUCGCAGUCAGCAGCCUCUUCUCAAUGUUGGGUCAUGAAGUAAUCAACAGCAGGCUGAACUAUGUUUUGGAGCACGCUGUCAGUUCAAGAAGUGAUCAACUCCGUGCCAUGCUUGACUGCACAAAAUCUGUUCUGCUUGGAAGCUCUGCACUCGACAUUAUCUUAUAUGGUACUUCCUCAAUAAUUCGACAUGAGUUGCGCAUCGCUACACCACACUACGCAAAAGGACACUUCGCGGCAUUUUUCGAUGGCCUUGGCUUCACCACUGAUCAAUUUCCUACACUCUAUACACCACCUUCAGUUGUAGCUGUUUAUGACUAUGACUACAUCCAAAACGACAGUAGGAAAGUGACGUUGAUCAAUAGCCCGACGGAUUCUGUUAUGCCAGUCAUUCUAGCCCAUCGCUCAUCUACCAACUGUAUCUUUGUUGCAUCCGGCGGCCUCUUUUUAGGCUAUCCCAAAUUAAUGAACAGCCACGUCACAUUACUUCCCCUGUCCCAUCCUCGCUCAUCAACAGUUCGAGAGUUUUGCAAUCGUGAAUACGAGGUCCAAACUCACAACUGUUGGACAUUACCUUGCAGGAAGAGGUGUCCUACACUUUGGCACUGUAUGGAUGAUGGUCUCGCAGUCACAUGGCAUAACGGAGUUAUCCCUUUACAUGUGACUGACGGACAGAAUUUACAAUGGAGGCUCAGCAGUCACUGCACAAACUACUUGUGCAGGAGCAACAUAUUCAGAGAUCCAGACCCAUAUUCAGGAGCAUGCUCUGACGACAGCGUCGAUCAUCGUGUGGCCAAAUUAAAAAGCCGUAAUGCCGUGCUACCUUAUGUCACAGGUUUAUUAUUCGGUGCAGCAAUGAUGCACCCAUAUGUGGUUCCACUCUAUCUUGACAAUGGUAGAACCCACAUUGCCAGUAUCAAUGAUUUAAAUGUUCGUCCAUUCAUCCGCAAAAGAGGUAUAGAGCCAGACAAUAUCAUCGACUGUGGUAUUACUAGGCAGACGAUUAUGAUGGAUGACUGUGCUUUCAUGCUCAUUUGA